ACGCAGAUCGAGUCGCCUCUCGCCCUGUGGAAGUUUGCAUGCGUGGCCCCGCGCGACGCCGCACCCCUUCGUCGGGACUCUCCUCGCCGCAGUCUGUGAGACCUCGCGUCCCCGAGCCCCACGCCUGAGGGCGCCAUGAGCGCGCUGGCCUUGCGAGACCUCCGCACCCGCGACCGCUUCUGGAAACCCGAACCGGCGCUCCUGCCCCCGGGGUGACGCGGCCCAGACACAUGGCCCCAAGUCCAAGACCCCAGCAUGCCCUGCUCUGGAGGGAUGCGCACUCCUUCUACCUCCUGUCUCCACUGAUGGGCUUCCUCAGCCGGGCUUGGAGCCGCCUGAGGGGCCCGGAAGCGCCAGAGCCCUGGCUGGCGGAAACAGCAACGGGAGCAGAUCAGAUAGAAGCUAAGGCUCUGCUGUCGCCUCCCCUUGUUCCUGAGAGCCACCUCCCUCAGGGGGAGGCUGAAGAAAGCGGGGCUCCUGAAGAGGGGGAAGCAGCCCAGGGGCCCUGCCUGGAUGUGCAAGCCAACAGCUUCCCUCCCGAAACUUGGGGACUUUCGAAUGAUGAGUACCGAGAGAAGCCAGGACGGGGUGGCCCUACAGAGCAGGGCAGCGCACACACGGCUGGCCUGCCCGUACCGCUGUCCCCGCGUCUGCAGAGAGCUGAUAAGAGCCUUGGAGAGGUGGUGGCUGGAGAGCAGGGAGUGACUCAGCUGGCUUAUCCCAAGCCACACUGGGAGGGUUGUUGUCCAUCGCGGGAGGAAGAGCGUGGGGAGACUGUGAAGAAGGCUUCCCGAGCCUCUGCAGGACACAAGUCCGUCACGUACCGAGCCACGGACGAAGAAGGAAUAGAAAAUAAAGCUGACCCCCCCAGCUCUCCUCCAGGCUCCCGCUCCACAGCUGGUGAGCACUGCUCUAAGCAGGAGGGAGAAGCUGACCCAGAGCCACACAGGGCGGGGCGGGGUCAACCCUGUCAGAGGGCAGAAGCUGGGGAAGAGGGUAAGGCCCUGUCUCCCCCUACCUCUCCUGAAAAUGCCUUCCUGAAGGCCUGGGUGUGUCGACCUGGAGAGGACGCCGAGGAUGACAAUGGUGAUGAUGACAGUGACUGGGGAUCAGCUGGGGAAGAGGGUAAGGCCUUGUCUCCCCCUACCUCUCCUGAAAAUGCCUUCCUGAAGGCCUGGGUGUGUCGACCUGGAGAGGACGCCGAGGAUGACAAUGGUGAUGAUGACAGUGACUGGGGAUCAGCUGGGGAAGAGGGUAAGGCCUUGUCUCCCCCUACCUCUCCUGAAAAUGCCUUCCUGAAGGCCUGGGUGUGUCGACCUGGAGAGGACGCCGAGGAUGACAAUGGUGAUGAUGACAGUGACUGGGGAUCAGCUGGGGAAGAGGGUAAGGCCUUGUCUCCCCCUACCUCUCCUGAAAAUGCCUUCCUGAAGGCCUGGGUGUGUCGACCUGGAGAGGACGCCGAGGAUGACAAUGGUGAUGAUGACAGUGACUGGGGAUCAGCUGGGGAAGAGGGUAAGGCCUUGUCUCCCCCUACCUCUCCUGAAAAUGCCUUCCUGAAGGCCUGGGUGUGUCGACCUGGAGAGGACGCCGAGGAUGAUGACGAUGAUGACAGUGACUGGGGAUCAGCUGGGGAAGGCAGUCUAGCUCAGACCUGUGCCACCCCCCAUACAAGUGCGUUUCUCAAGGCCUGGGUCUAUUGCCCCGGAGAGGACUCAGAAGACACCGACUGGGAGGAUGAGGCCCCAGAAGAUUCAGAAGCAGCUGACCGAGGCAAGAGUCAGGCCCAGGGCUGUCUGCCUGGAGAGCAGACAGAGGCACUUGUGGAAGCAGAGCCCUCUCUCUUCCAAGUGGCCUUCUAUUUACCUGGAGAGAAGCCAGCGUCACCUUGGACCGCCCCUAAGCUGCCCCUUCGGCUGCAAAGGCGGCUUGAAUUGUUGAGAGCUCCCACCCAGGAUCAGGACCCUGACACUCCUCCACGGGCCAGAAAGGUGCGCUUCUCCGAGAAAGUCGCAGUCCAUUUCCUUGCUGUCUGGGCAGGACCAGCCCAGGCUGCCCGACGUGGUCCCUGGGAGCAGCUGGCACGAGAUAGGAGCCGCUUUGCCCGCCGAAUUGCCCAGGCAGAGGAGAAACUGGGUCCCUGCCUCACCCCUGCCUUCAGAGCCAGGGCGUGGGCGCGCCGUGGAAACCCACCCCUUCCUCAAGCCUUCCCAGCUGCCCUUCCACAGCAUGGGCCUUCUUCCUCCUCUGAGGCCACGCCCUCGAGCCCAUCUGUGACCAGUGAAGCCCCUCCUUCCAGCCUGGACAUCGGUGGGAGGCGUGGCUAAGCCCAAGUAGUUUCCUGUUAUUUAUUUUUAAUAAGAAAUAAAGCCUUUUGAUUUAUAGUGA